GAACACUUGUCCAGGCCGCAUCUGUGGCGGAAUUUCUUGGCCUCAGGGUGUUAGCCUCAGACGUAAAGAUCAUUGCAGCUCUCUUCCAAGCCCGCCAGGCUCUAGCAGGAACCUCUUCACCUCCUGGGCCCGGGGCAGUGGUGGAGGAAUGUUAGGGACCUCUGAAUCCUCGCUCUCAUUCACUUUACCUUCACUCAGCCUCCGAUCUUGCCCUAAGGGAGAGAGUUCCCAGACGAGCCGGCUAAAAAUGGGAAUAACCUCAGUAGCACAGUUUGAUGAGCUAUUUGGUGGGGAUGGACAGUGAUGACAUGGGCCUGUGUGCGGGGAGAAAUGACCCCUCCAUCUGGAGAGGUGGACUCGCAGAGGAGGUGGAUGACAAAGUUCUUCAUGCUGCUUUUAUCCCUUUCGGAGACAUCACAGAUAUCCAGAUUCCUCUGGAUUAUGAAACAGAAAAGCACCGAGGAUUUGCUUUUGUUGAAUUUGAGUUGGCAGAGGACGCUGCAGCAGCUAUCGACAACAUGAAUGAAUCUGAGCUCUUCGGACGGACAAUUCGUGUCAAUUUGGCAAAACCCAUGAGGAUUAAGGAAGGCUCUUCCAGACCAGUUUGGUCUGAUGACGAUUGGUUGAAGAAGUUUUCUGGGAAGACUCUUGAGGAGAAUAAAGAGGAAGAAGGGUCAGAGCCUCCCAAAGUAGAAACCCAGGAGGGAGAGCCCGCUGUUAAAAAGGCCCGGUCAAACCCUCAGGUGUACAUGGACAUCAAGAUCGGGAACAAGCCCGCCGGCCGCAUCCAGGUGCUCCUGCGUUCAGACGUCGUUCCCAUGACCGCAGAGAAUUUCCGCUGCCUGUGCACCCACGAGAAGGGCUUUGGGUUCAAGGGCAGCAGCUUCCACCGCAUCAUCCCCCAGUUUAUGUGCCAGGGCGGCGAUUUCACCAACCACAACGGCACCGGGGGCAAGUCCAUCUAUGGGAAGAAGUUUGACGAUGAAAACUUUAUCCUCAAACACACGGGACCAGGCCUGCUCUCCAUGGCCAACUCUGGCCCAAACACCAACGGCUCCCAGUUCUUCCUGACGUGUGACAAGACGGAUUGGCUGGAUGGCAAGCACGUGGUGUUUGGGGAGGUCACAGAAGGCCUGGACGUCUUGCGGCAGAUUGAGGCCCAGGGCAGCAAGGACGGGAAGCCCAAGCAGAAGGUGAUCAUCUCUGACUGUGGGGAGUACGUGUGAGAGGCGGAGCUGUCAGCCCGGGAACCGGCACCUGAGGUGUCCCGUUUGCCACAAGCAGGGCUUUGUGUCCUGGCCCUUCCUCGGGGUCAGCGUGGGGGCAGCUCCUCUGCAGGCACAGCCUAGGCCUCCUCCGGCUCUUCCCCAGGUGUGGCUGUGGGCCCACCUGCCGCCCUCCCCACCUUGGACGGCUGUGCGUGGCCUUUCCAAGCCUCGGCUGCCGGGGCCUCUCCUAGGCCCAGUGUGACGCCUAGACAUUUUCUUCUGGUAAAAUAAAUCCUAGUUUUUGUACUGCUGCCUCCAGCUAGUUCCUGGGAGUUGUCAGAGGUCGCAUCUAAAGCUAAACUGUCCCUCGAGACAGGUUGGUGAAGGAAUAGGGUAUAGCGUCUUCCCACAGCUUUUCUUUCUUCCCUUGGGCAAUUCCCUGAGGUGCCAGGUAAUGCGUCUUCAAGCCAGAUUCCUUUGUCAGACCAUUGUCAAACCAUGGGAAUCAAAGACAGUGAAAAAUUUCCUGUCUUCAGUGCCUCCACUCCUGAAUCAUGCUGCCGGUAUCAUAGCCAGUGGGUGUACUACUCAGUCUCCAUGAUUCAUCUGCUUAUUUGCUUACUUUCAUUCUACAGAUUUUUAAAAUGAUCUAUUACUACUCAAAGUGCCUUCUCCAUGCCAGGUACUAUACCUAUUUGUCAGGAGACAAGAGGUCAGCAGACCCCGUGGGUCUAAUCCAGUCCGCUACCUGUUUUUGUGACUAAAGUUUUCUUGGAACACAGCCACACCCAUUUGUUUACAUAUUGUCUGUGGCUGCUUCCUCACUGCAGUGGCCGAGUUGAGUAACUGGUGACAGGUACUAUAUGGUCCCUGUAUGAGUUCUCCAGAGAAACAGAACCAAUAGGGUGUGUGUAUGAACAUAGAGAAAGAGGUUUAUUUUAUGGAAUUGGCCCUACAGUUGUGGGGGCUGAGACGUCCGAUGGCUGCAGGGCAGGCCAGCAGGCUGGAGCCCCAGGGAAUAGUUGAUGUUGAAGCUUGAGUCCAAAGGCCGUCUGGAGGCAGAUUUCCUCUUCCCUCAGGUGACCCCAGUCUUUCUUUCUUAAAACCUUCAAUUCAUUGGAUGAGACCCACCCACAUUAUGGGGGGGAGUGGGGGGCGGAGGUCAUCUGCUUUACUCCACGUCUACUGAUUUAAACGUCAGUCACCUCUGACAAAUACCUUCACAGCAACAUCUGUACUGGUGUUUGGCUAAAAAGUGGAUACCAUGGCCUAGCUAUAGACACAGAACUAACCAACACUGUCCCAAAGCCUAAAAUAUUUACUAUCUGAGCCUAAGCAGAAAGCUUGCUGGCUGUUGAUGAGACAGGCGUUCUCCCCCAUGCUGAGCUCAUGGUCUGGUUCCUGUGAGCAGCCACUGCCUGGAGCUCAGGUCGGGCUGGCUUCUGUCUGCUCCCCCUCCACGGACUGGUCAGCCAGGUGGCUUUAAAGAAGUCCUGACCUGCUGAAGGCUCUCAGCAAGGACUGAGCCCUGUAGCCAGUAGAUCCCUCCCUGUGGGGUGGGUUACUCAGACCAGUCAGAGUCUACUGGGCUGGCCCUGGUGACCCCAGGACAGCUCCUGCUGAGGGAUGAUGGUGCUCUGGCUCCGCCUCUGGCUCCCAUGUGCCAAAUGGACUCCCGGCCCUUGGAUGAGCUCCCCUUGCUGCAGUUGGCCAGGUUUCUGUCUCCUGCCUCCGAUGUACCACAUAGUUACCCCUGAUCCUUAUGGAGCUGCCAAAAAGACCCCCUACCUCAAGGCCCAGGUGCCCCCUCUGAGUACAGACGGGCCGUCACAGGUCAGUCACAGCGCUGGAGCAGGCUUUGGGGAAGCAGGAUGAUGGCAGUGACUUUGGGCUUUUGUAAGAACAAGAAAGGAUAUGUAUGAAGAGCUUCGCACGGCCAGCCCCCCAAGAGGACCAGCUCCUGUGACGAUGACCGUGUUGCUUUCUGCUCUGCCCUGAUAGUCUAGGGAGGCUGAGACCAGCCAGCAGGUUGAGAAGCUCAGUGGGUUUGGAGCCACAGUGGCCUUCCCAGUGCCCCUCUGGGUGUCCACAGGUGUUACCUCACUGUUUCCACACCAGAACCUUGUACAGUGGUCAACCAAGGCUCAGGUGACAUGAGUGUUCGGGUCACCCAGGACAGUGUGGCAGAGCUGGGGUUGGAAGCUUAGCCGUCUCCCCGCCAGUCGUAAUGGAGUCCUGGGGGUUUCCUGAGCUCUAGCUGCAGUCUACAGCAGGCCUGUGGGGAGACAGAGUCGUGGUCCCCAUGGUUGGUCUGGGCCUCUGUAGGGAGAUGGGAAAUAGGGCCCUACUCUGCCAGGCAGGAGGGCGAGAGUCUGGGAAACAGCAGCCUGGCCACCUCACUCAGCCCGUCACAGCACAGCACUGACCCCUUGUUGCUCAGGAGGGCUCUGGCCUGUGGGAAGUGGACCUGGGGUGCUGUGGGGCCUUUGCUGCAGGCUGAAGGUCAAAGCGGCCUUCCUGGGACUGCCUGGCCUCCUUGUCCAUGUUCCUGUUGCUCUGUUGCUCCAGCACCAGGACUCAGAACAUGGGGCUCAGCUUUACCCAUGUGUUCCCUCAGUAGCUUCUCCAGGGCCAGGCCCCAUCUGUGCUGGCCCUGUGACGGCUACACAGAAGAACAGAUGCGGGGUUGUGGCCCUGGGACCAGUCCUGUGACUGCUGGACUUUCUCACAGCAUGUCUGCUCCAGAUGCUCCCAGCACAAGAAAGAGGUUGUGGGACCUACUUUUUAGUGGUGAAAACUGAGUCUUACAGAGUUCAGAUGAUGGAAAACUAGAAAGCCAUAUUUUCAAAAAAUAUUUAUUAACAGGAAAAAUUACACCAUAUAAUUAAGUGGGGAAAGCACAUCUAAACCAGUUUUGUAUAAAAUAGUUUGAUCCCAAUUUUGUACAAAUACCUAUCUGUAAUAUGUAAACAUCUACAUUUUAUAUGUAUUCUAAGAAGCCUAGAAAUAAAUUCAACAAAAUAUUUCUAGAGUG